AUAAUUCAAUGUUUUUAUCGGAAAAUGGAAUUUCAAUCAAUUUCUGCGUUUCGCGCGCUUUCCCGCCAUAUUGCCAUAGUAACACGAGGCACGUGAUUUGUAGCGUGUUGUUUACAUAGGUUGUUUACGUUUGCAUAUAAAGAGAAUGCAACAAAUGUUUCAAUUUGCAAAAUGGUGACUGUAUACACUCAAUACAGAAAGCAUUUUAAGGGACCACGUUGGGACGAUUUUGCAAUAAGCGAGUACAAUAGGAAGAGAGAUUAUCGCAUAGGACGUAGGAGUGUUGAACACAGACAUCAGCCUUUGGAAUGGGACAGCUCAGAAAGCGAAAAUAGCGAUGUUGAUUUCGAAGCAAAACGCGAGACAAAAACACAGUCACAGAGAGCUGGAAUUUCUCAUUUAUCUGACGAAAAGCGGGCAAGAAAGAAGGAUAUUGCAAAUGAAAAUUUAGCAGGAAAAAGGUUAAAUGAAGUGGAUAAACCGCCUAUACAUGUAAAGACUGUAAAACAAGCAUGGGGGACAGAACAUGACGAGCGUUUUAAUGACGAAAUGGCUGCACAAUCUACCCAUAGAAAGCAUUCAAAGCAUCGUCGAAGUAAACGAAAGAAGAGAGGGAAAUGUAAAACUGAAGAAGAGGGGGAAAGUUUGGUGAAUGAUAGGGAAGGACAAAACGAAAGAGUGCCUUUUGUUUCCUAUGGCUGGGCUAAUGAUGCUCCUAUUGAGAAGAAAUAUACUCAUAAUGUCAGAGCAGAUGCAAAAGAUGUGAGUGGAGUAGGUUUAAAGUUAGCGGGUGGGUGGGUAAUGUGUGUAGGUGGGUAGUGUGUGUAGGUGCAUGCCUGAAUAUGAACUUUGUAAACUGUGCAUAAAAUAUUUUUACUAUUGAAAUCUGUGUGCAAGUGUAUUAUAUACAGUAUAUAGUCUGUCAAACUUUGCUAUAUAGUGAAACUUUGGUAUACUGUGUCUUGACAAUACAUUUUGUCAUGUAAGUACAGUACCCAUCGGUAUGGUGACCCUGUUAAUAUGGCCACAUUUGUGUGGCCCAUUCUAGACCAUAUCUAACCGAAUACAUGCUUCCAGAGAGUAUGUCACCUGGGCUAUAUAGCCUUGAUUUCAUGAUUGAGACGUUAAGCUUUAUUAAUUACUAAUGUCACAUACACAAAAAUAAGGCUCUAUAGCCAAAGUGACGUACUUUGCGGAAGACUGUAUUGCAAUGUAAUUUGUCACAUACAAGACAAAGUGUGCAACUUCAGGCAUUAGUAUUAAAAAUAACUUGGUUGACAAUCAUUAACCCAUUAAGCACCAUCACUCUCACCUUGACUAGAGUAAAAUCAUUUGGUGUUAGACAGAGUAAUUAACUCAUUAAUUAAUUAGCCAUUACUCCAUAAGACAGAGUAAUGUAAUAAAGUAGGGUGCAUCAGGGCACAAUGUGACUUUAAUGGGUUCACAACUAAUCAUUUUCCCUUGAUAGACAACCAUUAAUAACCAACAAUUUGCCCUUGAUUAAUAAAUUAUCUGGCCAAUAUAGACAGAGUAAAGAUAUAACAAGGAUGUAUUAAGGUCCAUUGAAGCUCAAUAAUUAUAUCAGUCUGCUCCUCCAGCAAUUAAUUAUGAAAUAGUCAGGGCCAUACACAGCAGGGGCACCUGUGCCCCCCUCCCAAAGCAAAAAUUUAGCUUACUAAUUUUAUAUUGAUAUUUGGGUAUAUACUUGUUUUGGCAGAUAGGCAUUACUGCCCCUGGUGAAAAAACCUGUGUACAGCCCUGGAAAUAGUUUGUGUAGUUUAGGUUUUUCCUGCAAUAAUACUGCACUCAGUACAUAUAAGACAUAACUCUUAAUUACUUCACUGCUAUAAGCAGAACAGUUUAUAAUCUAAUAUAAAGAUAGAUUAAUUAAAAUUUCAAAAGUUCAUACCUUUCAAUUCAUUGAAACACCCUGCUAUAUGUUGAACCUCGAUCUUUCCACAUUUCUAUUCCAAGUUUACACACCUGAUGCAGUCCUAGAGUUGCAAGCUUAAAACAGUACCACUGGCCAACAAUGUAUAAAGCAAGUCAGUAACAAUCGUAUUUUUCUCUAUGGCUUUCUUACAGGUUUAUCCUGCCUCGUUAAGGGCAUUGAAACGGCGUGAACUUGACAUUGCCAGGAGGUUGGAAGAGAAUAAAAAGAAAACACAGCUUGAACGUGAAAUAAUCAGGGAAAAGUUCUUUGACCUUAGCCACAUAUCACCAAUGUUUAUGACAGAAUACCAGAGCAGUUACUGCAAUAUGGGUGGUGAAAAAACUGGAUAUGUUUGGUGAAAAUGGUUAUAGAGUUGUUGUUCCAGCUCAAACUAAAAUGCUUUGCUUGGGACUGUAAUUUUAGUGACUCUAUAUGUGUGUAAGUGUGAUAUGAUGGCAAGCAAGCUUGAGCCAGAUGUGUGGUACAUAGUCAAAUAGUGCAACAAGCAUGGCUCAUUAGCCGAUUAGAGUGCUUUGUAGCUUAAAUUAACAGGUUAAUAUGAGAUGAGUAGCAGUUCACUUCAAAUCACUUCUGUUCCCUUGAGAAGUAAAUCGUAAAUAAAAUAGCAGAGCACCUUGCCGCUAAUGGGGUCAAGGCCCUAUGGUAAGCGUGCAUGACAACAUUUAAAGUUUCUGUGCAAUACAUUUAAUGCCUAUUAAUUACAUUCUGUAGUGUUGGAUGUUACAAAUCAUGUUACAAAUUCUCAAUCUUGCAUGCCUGGCUUGCUUGGUUAACAACUUCCUAUUUCUGGCUUGGAAAACACUCUGGCUUUAUAAAUUCUGCUAAAAAAAACCUGGCUCGCUUAUUAAACUUAAAGAUCCAAGGCUAACCACCAAGGUUGCUUGGGAUUUUUUCCCUGCAAUCAAAUUCUGCCUGCCAAUCUAAAGGCGAUGCCUAUGGCCGAGGCAGUCUGUUUGAAACUACUUUUUGUACCGUAGUUAAAUUGUGAUUAAUUUCUAACUUCAAUCAAUACCCCCAUCACAUCAAUUUGUGGCCAAAUCAUCAAGUGGCCAAAAUUCAAGCAUUCUUUUCCUCGAAAGUAUAUUUUAAAUUUGACAGCAACCGAUAUAAUGUUUUGUAAUAUAUAUGCAGGUGGAAUAGGUUGGGUUACAGUUUAUUUAAAUUUGAUGCUUUCAAUAACAACUAUAUUCAAAUCAAUUUAGUAUACCCACUGUACGUCUUUACGAACUUGAUUUAGUGUAUACGAUCGAUCGGUACAUUGGUAGUGCAUCUCAAAGUUAUGCAAAAGUCAAUAUCUCUAAAACGAGAUGCCACAAGUGAAAUAACGGCCGAAAGAGCAACCCUCUUCUUCCGCAUGUAUGUUAUCGCACAGGUGCAAUCUCCGAGUACCAGACCCUCACCCCUAACCGGUGCAUUGAUCCCCUUACCCUAACUUGUGGUCGACCGUCGACGGGUAACUGUGCCACCCCGGACUAACUACCUCCCUUUCAAGGCCAUUACGGAAGAGACUGUGUUGGAAAGUAAUUAAUAUUUAAAUUCGUUGUCGUAUUUGAUUAAAUGCGUACCAGGUAAUGUACUAUAUACUAUAGCACAAAAAUUACGUUAUUCUGAAAUAAAUUGUACUUUUAUUUAAUUACAUGAACUUCAAAAUGAUUGAAUGUCCUCUACAAUUUAUGGGAAGUGCUACAAUUACUGUAUCAACUUUGGGGCAGAGUUUCAAUUAUUGGAACUGUAGUGAUGUUGAAGUUAGUUUGGUGCAAAUACCUAUUUUCUAGGUUUUAAAGGUGAUUUUUGCUACAGAUCUGCAAACCGACAUCAGGAUGCGUUCGCACUGCUUGUUCCCAGUUCUUGUGACAAGUCGGGAACAAGUUGUUAUGUAUCCCCUUGUUACAAGGUUGAUGUCGGUAACAAACUCGCUACAAGUUGUUCCAACAAGACUAAUGCAGGCUGUUCAUAACAAUUAAGUUGCUACGAGCUUGUUGUCAUCAAAUUGUGAUAUCAGACUUGUUUGAUGAUAUCAGACUUGUUUGAACAACUUGUUGCGAGUCUGUUGGCUACAUCAACUUUGUUACACGAUGAUAACAACUUGUUCCUGACUUGUGCACAACUGGGAACAAGCAGUACGAGCACAUCUUGUUGACAAGCUGCUUUGUGAGAUUUGUACGCCUGUCAGGAGGCUGAAAAAAAUCCUAUUCUAUCAUUUUUUAAAACUUCUUUCGAAUAAAAGUACUGUCUAAUAUGAAUAACGUAAUUUUCGUUUUAGAUAUCUUAAUUGAUAAAAAUUUCGAUUCUUAUUAAAUGCUAUGAAAAUGGGUCUUAAAUACUCUACUACGGACAUUCUAUGCCUGGCUUUGAGAAAUUUACAGUAGUGAUUCAUUGUUUUGCUAACAUGGACAUUUUCCACCAUCAGCAUUCCGUGGUUGUAGAGUUCUACGUCUUGAUGGGUCGCCAUAUUGAAUUCCUGAUCCCAUUCUGUCGGGAUCAAGGUCACCUGGAAAGGGAAGGAUGCACUUUUAAUAUUAGAGAGGUUCACAGGACUUCCACUACCUCCUACCAGAUUAAUACGCAUUUCAUUGGUUAAUCGAUUAGAUCAAACGUAUCCGAUUGG